AUGAAAUUCUCAGCCAUUCUCUCAGUUCUUGCCUCAACGGCGGCCGCAACCCCCCUAGAGCCACGCCAAUCGUGCCCCGGGGUCUACGUCUUCGGCGCCCGCGAGACCACCGUGUCUCCCGGCUAUGGCACGUCCUGGGGCCUCGUCAACAUGGUCCUCCAGGCCUACUCGGGCUCCCAGUCCGCGGCCAUCUCGUACCCGGCGUGUGGCGGGCAGUCCAGCUGCGGCGGCGUGAGCUACGACUCGUCGGUCCAGCAGGGCACCUCGGCCGUGGUGUCGGCCGUGACGAGCUACAACCAGCGGUGCCCAAACACCAAGAUCGUCCUGAUCGGCUACUCGCAGGGCGGGCAGAUCAUCGACAACGCGUUGUGUGGCGGCCAGGGCCCGACGCUGUCAGGGAACGCGCUGGCUGCUGUCAAGGCUGCGAUUUUCAUGGGAGAUCCCCAUAACCGAGCAGGUCUGCCGUACAAUGUUGGGACAUGCACAGCUGGUGGGUUUGCCGCCCGUCCAGCAGGAUUUACAUGUUCGCCGGUCAAUCCCUCGCUGGUUAAGAGCUACUGCGACGCGGCGGACCCGUACUGCUGCAACGGAAACGAUGCCAAUCACCACCAGCAGUACGUUAACAUUUACGGGCAGCAAGCUCUGGCCUUUAUCAAGAGUAAGUUGGGUUGA